AUGGCGGACACCUGCGAUGAAAAAGAGGGGAAUGAACUGACAAGAGCGGAGAAAACAGAGGAUGGAUGGGAAGGAAAUGGGCAGAGGGCAGAGGACAUGCGAGUGGACCUGAAGAUUGUGAAGCAGGAAAUUACAGAAUGGCCAGAAAUAGGAGAAUGCAAGUUGGAUGCGCAGUGGGUGAAGGAGGAGAUGGGUGAGCCUGAGGUGAAGGAUGAGAAAGUGGGUAUAUGGGAGGUAAAACAGGAGAUGAAUACGAGUUUUCUGGUAAAAGAAGAGAAGAUGGAUGAACUAGAGAUAAAGGAGGAAAAAGUGAAGGUGAAAGAAGAGGUUAUGGACUGGUUAGAAGAGAAAAAAGUUAAGUUUGAAAUAAAGGAAGAGCUAUUGGCUGAUCAGAACAUCAAAGAGGAGGAGCUAAUGUAUGGAGUUUGUGUAAAAGAAGAGAAGGAUGUCCUGAAAAAAGAAGUAAUGGAUGAUACAAAAGUGAAAGAAGAGCCUGAGCUCAAUCCUCCAGUGAUCUGCAAGCGGAAACUGGCCAUGUCAAGGUGUGAAACAUGUGGUACAGAAGAAGCAAAGUACAAAUGUCCACGCUGUAUGCGAUAUUCCUGCAGUUUGCCCUGUGUCAAGAAACACAAAGCAGAGCUGACAUGUAAUGGAGUUCGAGAUAAAACUGCGUUUAUUUCAAUACAGCAGUUUACUGAAAUGAAUCUUCUCAGUGAUUAUCGAUUUUUAGAAGAUGUGGCCAGAACAGCAGACUAUAUUUCUAGAGACACUUUUUUGAAAAGACCAAUUGGAAAUAAGCAUAUGCACUAUUUGAAAAACCGUGCCCGGAGGCAAGGUAUCACACUAAAACUUCUACCCAAUGGAUUCACCAAGAGAAAAGAAAAUUCAACGUUUUUUGAUAAGAAAAACCAACAGUUCUGUUGGCAUGUGAAGCUCCUGUUUCCUCAAAGUCAAGCUGUGUACAUAGAAAAAAGAGUACCAGAUAAUAAAACUAUUAAUGAAAUCUUAAGAACUUAUAUUGAUCCUGAAAAGUCUGAUCCUGUAAUUCGUCAAAGGUUGAAAGCAUACAUUCGAUCCCAGGCUGGUAUCCAAAUUUUGAUGAAGGUUGAAUGUGUACAGCAAAAUGUAGUAAGUUAUCAUGAACUGGAUCCUUGUAAAAGUCUGCUAGACAAUUUGAAGAACAAAGUGAUUAUGGAAUACCCAACAUUGCAUGUGGUAUUGAAAGGAUCCAAUAACAAUAUGAAAGUUCUUCACCCAGUGAAAAGUGAAUCUACCAAAAACUUUGGCAGUGAAAACUGAGUAUUUCUUCUGGAAGGAGGUGAAAAUUCCCAGAAAAUUG